AUGUUGAUUUUUGAGUCAACAGCGUGUUUAAAACAUUAUAAUAAUCAAACGGAUACGGUUGUCAAUGCUUUAUUAGAAAAUACUGUACCAGAAUGGUUAAAAACAUCCGCUAUUAAUAACGAAAAAGGAAAAAAUGGUAUUGAUAUUUGGGAUGUUAAUGAUGAAAAUUCUACGUUAAAAAAUGAUCUGUUUUUAUCAGAAAAACAUAAUAUUUAUAAUGGGGAUGAAUUUGAUAUAUUUGAUCAGGAUACGAAUAUUGAUUUAGCAAGAAUACAUCAUCUUGAUGAUAAAAGUCAUUUGGCUGAUCAGCGUGAACGAUAUGCGAGAUUAGGAGUUGUUGCCGACUUUGACUAUGGUGAGGAGUAUGAUGAUGAAUAUGAUGAUACAUAUGCAGAUGGAUUAGUCGAAGUGGAUGAUACGAUUGAAAGCGAAUUAAAUUUAAUGAAAAAUGAAAACAAAGAGAAGGGUAUUAUGCCAAAUAGAUUUAGAGCAAACAAUAAUGAGAGUGAAGAUGAAGAUGAUGAAUCUAAACCUCGACGUGAUCAAUUUGUCGAAAAUCCAGAAGUGGUGCGCGAACGAUUUCUUCAACGACAAAUGCAAUGGCAACAGCGGCAUCAACGUCCAGCACAACAGACUCAACAACCAGAACAGUACGAUGUUACGGGCACUGCUCGUGGUCGAGGACAAUCUUCUACUGUAGUUCAUAAUCGUCGAUGGAAAAAUCAAACUAAAUCUACACAUGGUAACCACAAUCGACGCGAUCUUGCAUCCAGAAAAAUGGCACAUCUAAGGAUGUCCACAUCUUCUCCAAUCGACAAUGAUGGACAACAGGUUCAUUAUUUAAAUUUGUGUUGGUGGUGGCCGUGGUGGUUAAAAACAAAACGAUUUGAAAAACUGAAGCAAUUCAAUUGUGGCAACCGGAAAUAUUCAACAACAAAAAGUCAAAAGGAUGAUCGAGUACUAUUAAAUUACAUUGAAAAAUCAACAAGAAGAAAAAAGCGAUCAGAGAGCAUGGAAGUUCAAACGGCAGCUGAUGAAGAGGAUGAUAACAACAGUAAAGAUAACGCUGAUGGUAGUAGACCAAAAACACGACGUGCCGAACGUUCGAAUCUUGCCAGUUUGGCCUCUCCUGUCUCCGAAUCAUAUCAGCGAAGUCAGGCAGUACAUGUAGCUAAUCUACUUCAUGAGGCAGGUCUCACAGAUGUUUUACAUUCAGACUGGUCAGAACAAAUUAAAUAUUUUUUAUCUGAACGUUCAUAUUUGAUUCAUCAAAUUGAAAUUAUUCGUAGCCAAUAUGGAAUUAUUAAAAAACGUUUAGAUGAAUCUGAGACGGAAAAUGAAAAACUUUUAACAGAAAAUCGAAUAUUAUCAAAAGAAGUUCUCUUAUACCGAAAUCUUAUUAAUGCUCCACCAUCGGCUGAUGGUAAUUCCAAAGAUUAUACACAGUUGAGAUCAAAAAUCGAUCAAGUUCUUCUAGAAAAUGCACGAUUAUAUCAAGAAAUAAAUGCAUUUAAAACAAGUGAUCCCGUUUACGAACAAGUGCAAAUAUUAGAAGAACAAAAGAAACAAUUAGAAAAAGAUUUUAAUCGUUUAAAAGCACAAUUAAAAUUGAACGAAUCCUCGGUAAUAACGUCGAUAUCAGACACGACAAACGUAUCACCUAAACGUAAUAAAAUUGAUGAACAACAACGACAACAAAUCACUCGUCUACAAACAGAAAAUCAUACACUAAAUUCAAAAUUGAAUAGCGCCACAGAUGAGUGUGAACAAUUACGUUUAUUAAAUAAAAAAUUAAUAUCAGACAUUGAACAACUUAGACAGGUACGUUCGCCGACUAUUCUUUCGGCAACUAAAAAUACUAAUUAUUUGUCAACUAUUAUUGAUAGUUCUACUACAACUACUAAUCGUGAUCAUAAAGCAAAAUCAAAAUCUCGGGCACAUCGUUAUACAACUGAAAUAGUACCAUUGACACAGUCAAAUUUGAAAUAUUUCGAUUCAUCAUCAAGAAAAAGCCUUACAUCACCAAUAUCACAACGAACAACACCUGAUCAUGAAAUUGUUGAAUUACGUGAACAUGUACGCCGUCUGGAGAAUACAUUACAUCAACGAGAAAUUGAAUUAGGUAAACUUCAGCAAGAAAUAGAAAAAGGAACAAGUUCAAUUAUGAGUUCGAUUGAGGAUUUAUUUCUUAUAUCUACUCCACCACCGUCUACUCAACAAUCACCAUCAAAAGGAUCAACAUCACACGAUAAAGAACUUGUUUUACCAUUACCACGCUCAACUGUUGUUAAUACGUUGAGUUCAUCAUUAGUUGUAUCAACAACAGAUGAAAUUGAACGAUUGCAAACGGAACUAGAUCAAUUACAUGAUAAAUUAGAUGAUAUAAGUCGAGAAAAUCAAUUAUUAAGAGAUCGAGUACAAGAUUGUGAAACAGUAGAAGAAGAAAAUGUGUUUUUAUAUGCUAAAAAGCAAAAAUUAGACGAUGAAAUUGAACGUGGUAGAAUGAGAGAAUUGUUAAUUGAACAAGAAUUAAAAUUAUUACAAGAUAAACUAAAAGGAGCAGAAGGUAAUCGUGAUAAUAAAGGUGGACAAUCAACAAUAAUGGAUACUAGUCAAACAAUAGGAAAUAUUUCAAAUAUGAAAUUAAAAAUAGAUCGAUUACAUCGAGUAAAUAAUCAAUUAGAAUUAGAAGUUAUUGGUCUCAGAGAUGAACUUCAAUUAACAAAUAAUAAAUAUGAGCAAUGUAAACGUGAAUUAUAUCAAAAAGAUGAACAUUAUAAAAAAUUAUUAGCAAUCAUUGAAGAUAAUCAACGUUUUCCACAGGAAUUACCUCGAUUAGAAAAAUUGAAUGUUGAACUCGAAAAUCAAUUAGAAAAUCAGAAAAAAGAGUAUGAUAUUAAAAUUCAUGAUUUACAAGAACGUAAUGAAAAACGUGAACAAAAAUACAGUUCACUAUAUGAAUCUAUUCUCAAAUUACAAUCGGAUUAUCGUCAAAAAGAAAUUGAUUAUGUGAAUACAAUGGAUGAUGUUAUACGUCAACGAGAAGAACUUCGUUUACAAAUAAAUCAGUUGAAACAACAGUAUGAACAAUUACAACAUGAAUAUCAAAUAUUAAAAGGAGAGCUUGAAUCUAAAGAAGAAAUUAAUAGAGAUUUAAAAUUAGCAUUAACAUCAUCAACAAACGAUACACAAUCAAUUUAUACACAAUUGAGACAUUUAAAUACAAGUUUAUCUGAUUUACAAAUUAAAUACAAUAGAGAUAUGAAAGAUCGAAAUGAUCAAAUUGAUCAAUGGAAAAUUGAAAAUAAAAAUUUAAUGACAACACAUGAAAUCGAAUUAGUUCAAGCUCGUCAAACAAUUGCCCAAUUACAACAAAACAAUAUUCAAAUAGAUAAUUUAAGAUCAACAAUUGAUAAAUUACAAUUAGAAAUUGCUGAGAAACAAGGUUAUAUUGAACAUAUUCAAAAUGAUCUUAGUGAACGUUCCGUGAUACACACAAAUAGAAAUACUCAAUUAUCUCAGGAAAAUAAGAAUCGUGCAAUAAAAAUAAUAGAAUUAGAACAAUCACUUUCACAUGAACAACAACGACGUACAGAUAUACAACGAUCACUACAAGAAGUACAAUUAGAUUUAUUAAAAGCAAAAGCAUCAGCGAAAGAAGCAAAUGAAAAAAAUAUUGAAUUAGAAAAACGUCUUCGUGAAGCAGACAAACGUUUUGAAGAAAGUUUACGAUCACAAUUAAUUGAAUGUACAGAACCAUCACGUCGAGAAUUAAGUUCAAUUCGAGUUGAAUUAAUAGCAAAAUCUGAACAAUUAACAGUCGCUCAACAGGCAUUGGAUGAAGAAAAAUUAAGACGACAACGUAUAGAAAUGAAAUUAAAACGUUUGAAAGAUGAAUAUAUUGUAUUACGAAAAGAGUUACAUCAACGAUCGGAAGAAAAUGAUAUAUUACAACAUGAACUAGUUGAACGUCAAUUUAAAAAUGAUUAUAAUAUGCACGUAACAAAUCAAACAACAACCACACUUCGAUCGAAUGAAAGUGAUCAACAACCAGCUACAACGGCUGUUCAGUUGUAUUUGAAAGAAAAAGCCGAUAAUCAACACUGGCAAUUGAAAUGUCGUACAUAUCAACAAAAAUUAGAACAUUUACAAAAAAAUUACGAAUUAGCCAAACAGAGAUAUAAACAACGUUUACAAGAAGAACGUGAUUCAUUUGAUCGUGCAAAAUCAAAGUAUAUGGAACAUGUACGCAAUGCUCAACGUGAUUUACAUGAUACUCGUAGUUUACUUGAAAAAGAGGCUGAAUGUAAAUUGAAUCAAGAACAAUCUUAUCAACAAUUAAUUGAUGAACGAAGACAACUAUUAACAAGUAUGGUUGAUAAAGAUGCAAAAGUACGUGAAAUGCGUCGAGAAAAUCUAUUAUUAACAUCAAAAAUACAAUUACUCGAAGAUCAAAUGGAAAAUUUAAAUGAUCGUGUUGAUCGUACGCUAAGAGAACGAAAUCAAUUGCGCCGUGAAAUUGCCAGUGUCCGAUUUGAUAGUAAUCUUUCUAUAGAGACAAGUUCUCGAUCAUCUCCCGUAACUAUUACAAGUGGUCCAUCACGUACAACUACCACACAUAUUGAAACAUCACCAUCAGGUUGGCAUAAUCCCGUUCAUUAUACAGAAUCAUUUGGUUUCAACGGAUUUAAUGAGACUAAUCCUUUUAGUACAACAACUACAAAUGUAUCUACAUGA